AUGAUCGAGAUUACUUCUGCUUCAGAGGCCCAAGCAUUUAUAAAUGGAAAUGAUACCUUUCUUUUUGACUGCGAUGGUGUCAUAUGGCUUGGAUAUCAAACACCUAUCCCAGGCUCUGUUGAAGCAUUGCAAUAUUUACAUUCACUCGGAAAAAGAGUUAUAUUUGUCUCCAACAAUUCUCUUCACUCCAGAAGAGAUUUUGUUGAUAUUUUCCAUUCGUUCGGCUUAACUCAUGUUUCGAUUGAUGACAUUUUUACCUCAACUUCUGCCGCUGCUCAAUACAUUACUCAUAUCUCUCCCAUACAUAAUAACAUAUUUGUAUUGGGAGGUCCGGGUAUCGUUGAAGAGCUAGAAUUAACGAACUUGCGCAUCUUCUACAUUAAUGAGGAUGGGACAAAUUACGACGCCAGGCCUGAAAAGGUUGACGCUGUGAUUGUCGGGCUCGAUUCCAAGCUAUCCUAUGACAAACUGGCUCUUGCAAACACAUACCUAAGACACGUUAAUGAUACCUCAGGUGCGUAUGAGGCAGAAUUCAUCACUACCAAUAUGGAUAAUAUAUUGGUCAUGAAAGACGGUUCGUUACCAGGCACGGGAAGCAUCUCCUCGUUCCUAAUCUAUUCAUCUGGACGAAUUCCAACCAUAAUAGGAAAGCCAUCAAUCAAACUCCUUGACUGCAUAACGGAAAAGUUACAUAUUGACCCCAAACGCACCUGCAUGGUUGGAGAUCGAUUGGACACCGAUAUUGUUUUUGGCCAUAAGGGUGGAAUAAACACACUACUUGUGUUUUCUGGAUAUUCAACCAGAAAAGAGUUGAGCGAAACUCCAACAGAUAAGAGGCCCACUUUUGCUUGCCAAAGUAUUGGUGAUCUUGUGAAGUUUAUUGCUCAAUAA